AUGGACCGAGAGAUUCAGAGAACGCUGUUCAAUAUUCAAAAGCUCCCCACCGGAGAAACCAUGCUGGGUGUAGAAUACGGCAUGAGGCCGGUUGGUGCCAUUAGGAUUAUAACUCCUCAAAAUCAAGCAGAUACUGUGUGGCAGGAGUGGCAGAAAUUCCCAUAUUCAUCUCAGGGGCAAUUAGUGGAUCCGAAGAAAUAUUUUACCUUAAGCUAUGUUUGGGGGAAGACGAAAAUGCUCUUGACUAUGAAAGCCAACCUACAGGACUGCCUUAAGGAAAACUCACUCAUCAACGAGAAGAAGUACAUGCUUCCACAGACAAUCAAGGAUGCAAUGUCAAUUGUCCGCUCUCUGGGCGAAAAAUAUCUGUGGAUUGAUGUUAUCUGUAUUGUACAGGACGACCUAAAUACGAAACAUCAUGAUAUCCGUCAUAUGGAUAUUGUAUACGGCAAAUCGUUUGUCACCAUCGCUGCGAUGCACGGGAAUGAUGCCACAGCUAGAUUACCAGGAAAUCCUUCCCGAUACCCGGCCUCCACAGGCGACAGAAUCAAUCGUGGUCUAAGAGGAUAA